AUGGAAGCGACGGUAUCCCUCAGGAGCUUGUUAUACUUGGCCUUGUCGAAUGCCUUAAAAUCAUCUUACUCGAAGAAGGAAGUCGUGGCGGUUUCCCUGUCUUCCCUCAGCUCCGCUUCCCGCUUGACCUCCAUGACGGCCAAACUGGACUCCAACUCUUUCACCUUGUCAGAGAGCCACUUCUCCCGCUCGGCGGUCUCCGACGGCUAUCUCCUGGCGCGUCCCAGCUCCUUCUCCACUUUGGCGAGAUCACCCUUCGCGACCGCCAACUCUGCGUCUUUAGCUUGCAGGACAACCUCUGCUCCUUAA